GUCCUUGCGAGAAAAUAAGUAAAAAAUUCUGAGUUUUUAGGCAAGGCACGUUUUUAUUAUUUUAGAGCAAACUAAAAGAUACAAGCGCAGAAGAGAAAAGAAGCUUCAAGCACUUCAAGAUGAAGUUAUAAUUACCCAUGAUGAAAGAUCGGAUUCACCUGCCGAAAAGCAAAGUGAUGGAAUUAAUACGGAAUUCCCUGAAAAGGUCAUCACAGAAAAUGUAACCACCUUUCAAUGUGAUGAAUGCGACGCAAACUAUACACGCAAAAAUAAGUUAAAAGCGCAUAUGUUGAAGAAACAUAACACUACGUUAACUGAUCAGGGUAAGCGUUCAAAAUGUACAUUCCCUGGUUGUGAAGAGACUUUUUACCACAAAAGUAGAAUGAUAUCACACCUAAACACAUUCCAUGGUACGAAGACAAACGUUCGUAACUUGGUAUUUGAGGACGAACAGAUGUUCAUGGAAUGGAAAGAAAAAGAAGAAUUAGAUAAACACAUAUAUUUUUCAAAACAAAGAGGGGAUGGCGACUCUAAAUUAACGAAAUACGCUUAUUACGUUUGCCAGCAUGACGGGGACGGAAGAUCGCAUAGAAAAGAAGGUGAACCAGCUCGAAAAACAGAGAAAAAAUUCAAACCCGGUCAGAUUAAAACAGGACGCUUUUGCCCAGCUAGAUUGACCUGUCACAUGGACAAAGUUAAUAAAGAAAUUAGAGUAGAGUAUAUCACAUCUCAUAGCCACGCAGUCAAUUUAGAAAAUACUGUUUUUCAACCCAUACCAUCAACCAUCCGCCAGGAAAUAAAGGCAAAACUGUCUAUUGGUAUACCAGUCAACGAAGUAUACAAGGACUUACUUGACGGGAUGGGUAACCGUAAUACCAGGGAAAACGACUCAAAAAUAACGCGGGCACAUCUGGUCAGUAAGAGCAAUGUUACUGACAUAAAGAGACACAUGAAAUACGGUAGAAGGCUACACCCUGAUGACAGCACAUCAACUCACUUGUUGGUGAAAAAAUUAGAAAUGGAAAAUUACAACUGCAUUAUUGUGUAUAAGCCACAGGGACAGUCAGUUGCUAUUGGGCCAAAAAUGUACGAUGAUAUCGAUAUCAAAAAGGAUCUCUUUGCAAUCGGAAUUCAAACAAGGGAACAGCUGGAAAUGUUCAUUAAGGGUGCAAACAAAGUACAUUGUAUAGAUGGCACCCACAGCACGAACAAGUAUGAGUUCCCAUUGACAACUGUGAUCGUGCCGGAUGAAUUUAAUAAAGGUUAUCCAGUGGGUUGGUUGAUAUCCAAUCGAAAUGACGAAUUAACUCUCCGGCCAUUCUUAGAAGAAAUAAAAAGCAGAUGUCCUGACGACUUCACAGUUAACUGUUUGAUGACAGACGAUGAUAAUUCCGGAUGGAACGCAUUUUCUGCUGUUUUUGGAGAAACUAAGCACCUUCUGUGUAAGUGGCACAUAACCCGGGCUUGGCGCAGGAAUCUGAAAUUAGUUCCAGAAAGUCAGCAAGAUGAAGUAAUGCAACACCUUCUGGUUAUUUUAAAUGAAAAAGAUGCUUCACAAUUUAAAAUUCUGCAAAGGGGAUUCCUCAAAAAAUGUUCUGUAAUUGCUCCUGCUUUUGCCAAGUACUUUCAGGACCGCUAUGUUCGAAGGGCCGAAAAAUGGGCGAUGUGUUACAGGCAGUUUGAACAUUGCAACACAGAUACUAAUAUGUUUGUUGAAUCGUUUCAUAACAAACUGAAAACAUUUUUUAUGGAAAGAAGACCGAAUAAAAGAAUUGACGACCUCAUCAAUUUGCUGCUAACUAUUGAAGAAGAGGACUAUUGGCGUAAAAAGAGAAGCCUGACUUAUUACGGAAAUUUAAAAAAUAUUUCUAUUGAGGACUCAAGGCAUACCAAAGGUUUAAACAUAUCAGACGCUAAAGUGGAAAAGCUGUCAGAAAGUGAAUGGACAGUACAGUCCCAAAGUCGCGAUGGAUGUCAGUACAACGUGAGGAUGCUGGAAAACAAAUGCACCGACAACGAUUGCUUGGAUAGGUGAGUAAAAAAUGUUAUAAUACGAAAUACAAAAAAAACAAAACAAAAUUUAAAGGUUAGAAGUUUGAAGAUUGAGGAGAAAUUUAAAAACUUAAAACUCGCUGUAAAAUGAUUUCAUACAUUUGUUUGUUUCCUAAUGCGAA